AAACAGUCUAGUUUAACGUUAAACAAAGUGAAGAAAGAACAUGGAGAUGGAGAAGAAGAUGUUUUUUGUUGCUGUAGUUUUCGCCUUUGCUGCGGAAGCUGCAAUGGCGAUCAAAUGUUAUCAGUGCGAAUACGAAGAAAGUAUGGGAAUAACAGCUGGUAUGGCGAACUGUAAAGACGAAUUUAAAGCAGAAUACAAUAUGACUAUUGUUAACGAUCCCAUCACCGGCGAUCCUUGCGCUUUCUGCACGAAAACCAAGACAUCACAUGAUAACACGGAUACUGUUUUUUACGACAGGGCCUGCUCAUCCUUACAGGCAACAGACGAUUGUGGAAGCGGAGAGUAUGGCGGGGGUGAAACAUACCUCUGCUCCUGCAAAACAGAUCUUUGCAAUAGCGGAAAUGACGUCAUGAUGUCGUUUGGUGCAAAUGCUUUCGCAGCCUUCGCUUACCUACUUUAAUAACAGAAACUCAUUCAUUCAUAAGCAACGGCAAUGCCGUGACGUCAUGUAUUUUUCUGUCAUGAUAUGGCUUUGUUCAUUGUGGAUAAAAUAACUAAUAAAAGUGUUCAAUACAA